AUGUCGGGAAAAUCAAAAACUGAAGAUUUAGAGAAACCCGAGCCUUCGAUGAAGGAAACGAGCAAGGAUCCAUGCUCGGAAAAGCGGGUCACUUGUCGGAAAUGCGAUAAAGAUUACUUGAUCAAAAAUCAAGGAGACGCAAUCGGUCACAUUGAAAAUACCCAUUUGCACAGUCGAAGUUUCGGGUGUUCUGAUUGUGAUUUCACGAGUGUCGAUGAGCAAAAGAUGAGAGAUCAUUUGACGAUCGAGCAUCGAAAUUUCGGUGAUGUUAUUGAUCAAAGAACCCCGGAAUUUCUCUCCGAACGCUCACGAAAGCUCAAUUUCUGUUUUCCCGAGUUUGGAAAAUUGGCAGCAGCUCCAGAGGACAAGCUGGGAGUUGUGAAAAUGGCUGAUUCAAAGCGAUCAAGAAGAAAAAGUUCAAUUUCCGAAGAAAGUGAUGAUAAUAUUGAAAAAUCACAUCGAAUUGUCGAAAGGAGAAGCAAG